AUGCUAAUGCUGCUUACCACCAGCCGGCUUCGUUGAUGAUUUCGUCCUAACAUGCAUACUCACGCUCGUUUUCCGUCAUUCGUUUCCUUGUCGCUCGUUUCGCUCGCAUUGCUGUUUGGACAUGUCAUCGGAUUUGCGUAUCUUGCCGACCAGCAUCAUGAACACCACCGCAGAGAGUUCAUACGACAUUUCGAGGAGAGGAUCCCGAAUCCGGAACAACAGGAACUCUUCAAGAGACAGCUUGCGGGAUUGCUUGGUGCUGUGUCUGGAGCUGCGGGUGGAGGUGGAGGUGGAGAUCCCCUCAGCGCUUUGUCUGGUCUCACCGGCUCAUUGCCCCUCCUAGGUGGUGGGAGUUUCACGUACGGAGGGGGUUUCAUAGAGGUAACGGGAGCGCACGCGUUCGUGCCACCGAGUUCUGGUGAUCAGAGAGGGCCUUGCCCUGGACUCAACGCCGCAGCCAACCACAACUACAUCGCCCACAAUGGCGUCGUGGGCUUGUUCGAAGUCGUCCAUACCAUCAAUCAGCUCUAUGGUGUAGGAAUAGAUAUAGCGCUUGCCAACGCUCUGAUGGCUGUCCUCUCUGCAGGAGAUCCCAUCACGCUGACUUGGUCCAUCGGUGGACCUGAUACCAAAGUGGGACCUCCGCUCGGAGGGCUCUUGGGCCUCCUGGGCGAGCCGCAAGGUCUAGACUUCGCCCACAACCUCGUCGAAGCAGACUGCUCCCUGACCCGCAAUGAUCUCUUCGACACCGGAGACGCCUGGACUCUCGACAUCAACCUUUUCCACCGCCUCUACAACAGCGUUCCCGAAGGUCGUCCUUUCACCUUCCAUGACAUGGGAGCAAUUGCCGCUCGACGUUUUCACGAAUGCAUCGCCACCAGCCCGAACUUCUACUUCGGACCCGUCUCGGGAAUGGUGGUAGCCAACGCUGCAAAGAUCUUCGCGGCACGCCUUUUUGCGAAUUAUACGGAUCCAGCUCAUCCAGAAGGUGUCCUGACCCACGAUAUCCUCAAAUCCUUUUUCGGAAUCUGUGACUAUCCUCGCCCGUUCACCUACAACAUCGGCUGGGAGAGGAUUCCUGAGCGUUGGACCAGGCGGCCGGGAGCGUACGGCUUGCUGGAGUUCAACUUCGAUCUGAUCCAGUGGAUUGGUUGGUUCCCCGAGCUCGCCAGCAUUGGCGGUAACAUGGGUAGAGUCAACACGUUUGCCGGCAUCAGAUUGGACGAUCUAGGCGGAGGAAUCAUGAACUUGGCGCACCUCCUCGAAGGAAACAAUCUCAUCUGCUUCGCCCUCGAACUCAUCAAGACCGGCUCCCCCUCCUUCACCAACAACCUGUUCAAGACCUUCUUCGACUUAAUCGCAACGACAGUCGAGAGCAUCGGCUGCCCGCAAAUCGCCGCGUUGACCAAGGGUGGAGUCCCGCUGACCCAGCAUCUUCAGAGUAUAUAUCCUGGAGCCGCCAAGGCGAAGAGUGGACUUUGAAGAAGCGAAAGUUGGUGCACGCGUGGAGUUUUCGAGCGGGCGGCGGCGGCGGCGCAUGAUUGUUUCGCACAUGCCCAGAGACGGGAUUGAUGUCUGCACUCAAGAACUCUUUUAAGUUUCGUGUAGAUAGAUUGAGCGCUACCUAAUAGUAGUGUACUCGCAUGCAAAAAGUGGCCAC